CAGUAUAUUAAAUUGUUCAAGAUACGGAUAGGCUAUGAAAACCGGAUUUUCCUCAACAGCCUAACAGCUAGACGCGACAUCCUCAACAAGCAGCUUACAACUGCGUCCAGUCAUAGUCCUUUGCCGGUCGUGUCUGACCUCCUUUCUGGAGGGAAAUAUUUCGUCUUCACAAGCUAUACACCCAAGUGGCGGAAGUUGUGGGCCAUAGUGUACAAGUUGCUAACACCUAAGGCCUCUUAG